AUGGAAGAAGAAGGAAGCGAAAUGUCAGAGGAUUUGCCUUUCGAAGAUAUCCUUGCCGAUAAACGACGUACAUACAGUGCUAAGGAAGAAUUCAUCUACCUUCUUUACAAUGACAUUUUGAUGUAUUUCGUGAAAGAAUGGGACGGAAAAUAUUUAAGAAAGAAACCAAAGAAACGAAUCGACGAUGAUACUAAAGUCUCCUCCAAUGACGACGAAGACAUCGAUGAAGAGAAGAGCAACGAAAUCGCGAAUGACUUAAAAGGAAGCGAGAAUAACUCCGACAAAUAUGAUAACGGUACAACGAAAUCAAGCUCUGUUUCAUCUUGGAAAUUAACAUUGCCCGAUGAAUUUGCGAAUAUAAGGUUCAUUAGCAAUAACACCUACAGCGGUCGUAUCAGUAGGAAAAUGAUGGAAGGCGAAGGAGUAUACAGAUGGUCAAAUGGUGCCCAAUAUAAAGGAGAAUUUCAACAAAAUCGCAUGCAUGGGAAAGGUUUAUUAGAAUGGAACAACGUUUGCUGGUACGAAGGCGAAUUUAUAAAUGGCUACCAACAUGGCAGAGGAAUUAUGGUGGACGGGGAAAAUCGUUACAUGUAUACCGGUCAAUGGUAUAUGGGACAAAGACUUGGAAAGGGUUAUUCUCGUUACCGUGAUAAUGGCUCGUACGAUGGCGACUGGGUGAUGGACAAAAUGGAAGGGGUUGGAUUACGAAUUUAUCCAAGUGGUGCUCGUUACGUGGGCGAGUGGAAAAAUGGCAUUCGCGAUGGCAAGGGGACCAUGGUUUGGACCAAUGGAAAUGUCUAUCGUGGGGAAUGGAAAUGCGGUGCAAUGCAUGGUUAUGGAGAGUACGUAUGGAAUGGAUUCUUCAAUAAAACGUUUACCUGGCCACAAGAAGCAUCCUACGCAGGUUACUGGCGUCACGGAAUGCGCCAUGGCAAAGGAGAGAUGAAGCUGAAUUCUGUAGGUGGAGCCAAGUAUUCUGGCUAUUGGAAGGAUAAUAAAAAGCACGGUUACGGAGUUAUAAUUGGAAGUAAUGGGGAGACGUUUGAAUCUGACCCAUUGUUUCUGAAUGAUAUUUUAUGCGCUCCCAAUGUUGAAACCGAUAAUUCAGAAAAUGAAACGGAGAUGAAGAGCGAGAAAGAAUGCGUGCGCGUGGCAAAGGAAGCGGAACCAAUAUUUCUCGAGAAGCCUGACGAAUUAGCAGAAGCUUCGAUAACACCUAUCCUAAGACCAGAACAGUUUCCAAAUUUAUCUUAUUAUAUAACACGUCUUCUGGAUCCAAAAAGCUUGGAACCACAUCGUAUACGAUUACAACUGAGAAUAACUCUACGCAGUCAGAGACCUCUGAAACCUACACCGAAUCCAAUAUGGAGGAGUCUAGCUGGAAAUACGAAGAACUCUGGACAUACAAUUGUUUAA